AUGCGGUUACCCCGAAGCUCAGCAGAUGCGACCGUGCUAUCAGCACUCCUGUUUCCCACCCUCGCCGCGGCGACUGGCAAUUUUGACUGCACCAAAAUCGUGAUAGACAAAACGCAUCAGUGGGACCUGAGCACGUUAGGGGGACCGAGGUCGGUGAUGCACAGUGAGGACCGGGGCGCAAGUUGGAAAAACACAACCUAUACAAUCGAUAUCUGUAAGCCUCUAAAACGAGCAGGGAAAGAUGCGUGCCCGGGUAACACUAGAGUCUGCGGGAUAGAACAUGACAUCAACAAAGACACAAAUUCCAGCAUCAUCGGGGAGGUUAUACCGAUCGCCGGAGACUUGAAGGAGAAGGGAGGGGGAGACCUGGAUGCCAAGUGGGUGCGAUUAGAGACGGAUGGAUCCCACGCAGACUCGGAAAAACAAGGGUUGAGGUUAACAAUGAACGGCGGGUUUGCGCCGGGGAGUAACAAAAAGCAAAAGGCCAUCGUGGAGUUUGAAUGCGACCUGAACCGAAGCGGGCUUGAGAAUCUGUGGGAGUCGGAAGACAAAUACGAAUCGCGGAAAGCCAAGCGCGCGGAAGGGGAGGAGAAGAGAGACGAUCCGAAAGAUGGUGGCGACACGAAUGAGGAUGAUGCAAAAUCUCCCGACCUUCAAUUUGUGAGAUAUGAUACCUCGGGCGAAACCGAAGACGUCCUGCGGCUGCAUUGGAAAACCAAGUACGCUUGUGAGAAUGUCAAAGAUGAUGACGGGGAUUCCAAAAAGACGGCCGGAUGGGGCUUCUUCACCUGGUUCAUUAUCAUUGCGUUUCUCUCGACCGCGACCUAUCUCAUCUUCGGAUCCUGGCUCAACUACAACCGAUACGGCGCCCGCGGCUGGGAUCUGCUUCCUCACGGCGAUACGAUCCGAGACAUCCCGUACUUAUUUAAGGACUGGAUGCGAAGGGUCCUGAAUACGGUGCAAGGCGGUGGUAGUAGAGGGGGUUAUGCCGCUGUAUGA